UUAUGGUCUGGGCUGCGCCGGGGCCGCCCCUGCGCUGCGAGCGGCCGCGUAAACAUGGAGCUCUCGGCCGUCGGGGAGCGCGUCUUCGCGGCCGAGGCCCUGCUCAAGCGCCGCAUCCGCAAAGGCCGCAUGGAAUAUCUGGUCAAAUGGAAGGGCUGGUCGCAGAAGUACAGCACUUGGGAACCCGAGGAGAACAUCCUGGAUGCCCGGCUGCUCGCAGCCUUCGAGGAGAGCUUUGGUUCUUUUAACACCUCUAGGGAGCGAGAAAUGGAGCUUUAUGGGCCCAAAAAGCGAGGCCCCAAGCCCAAAACCUUCCUGCUAAAGGCCCAGGCAAAAGCCAAAGCCAAAACCUAUGAAUUCCGCAGCGACUCUUCCAGGGGGAUCCGGGUGCCGUAUCCCGGCAGGUCCCCCCAGGAGCUGGGCUCCACGUCCCGGGCUAGGGAAGGACUGAGAAACAUAGCCCUGGCUCCCCAGGGCAGCUCCAGCAGCAGCACCCCCAAGGCAGACGGCAUCCGGGAGCGGGUGAUCCGCGUGGAGGACAAACCCGGAGAGACCCCCAAAAAGAGAGGCCCGAAGCCCAGGAAGGAGCUUUACAAGGACCUUGCGGAGACCCUGGACGCCUCCAAGAGGAAACUGGGGGAGCCGGGGGACAAGGUGGGGGACUACCUGAAGGCCAGGAAGAUGGAGGAGGCGGCGGGGGCAGCCAAGUUUGGCUCGGGACACAGCGUGAUCCAGCUGGCCCGGCGGCAGGAGCCCGACCUGCCCGGCGCCCUGCCCGGGCCCACCCGCGCCGAGCCGGGCCCCGAGGCCUUCCCCCCGCGCCUGGCCAAGCACCGGGCGGACUUUCUGGACCCCAAGGGGCAGGGGGGGCUGGACCCCGGCGGGCCCAAGCUGCUGCACGGCGCCGUAGGCCCGGGGGCCGUGGGCGGCCUGUACCGCGACGGCGUGGGGGGCCCGGCGGGGCGGCCCUCGCUCAUCGCCAGGAUCCCCGUCUCCAGGAUCCUGGGGGACCCCGAGGAGGAGUCCUGGAGCCCCUCUCUCAACAACCUGGAGAAGGUGGUGGUAACUGAUGUGACCUCUAACUUUUUGACCGUCACCAUCAAGGAGAGCAGCACGGACCAAGGAUUCUUUAAGGAGAAGCGAUGAGUUUGGUGGAGGUGGUGCUGGGGUUUUCUUCAGUCAGAUCCAGACAAAAGCUUGGUAGAGCUUGGUGGGCCUCUCUUUUUUCUUUUUUUUUUUUUUUUAUGCUCCUUUUUUUUUUUCUUUGAAUUUUUUUUUUCUUUUGUUUUUGGUCCUGGAGAGAAUUUAGAAACUGUCCUAAAUUCAUUAACUCAUUCUUUUGUUUUGGUUUUUUUCACAUCUUACAUUUCGUUGGAAAGAUUAUCUCUAGAGUUAUAUUUUCUAUUAGAUGUAAAUAUGUUAUUUAAGAAAAAAUGCUUAUAUAUAUAUCUAUAUAUAUAUAUUUCAACUCUGAGUUGUUUUAUUUAAAUGGAGACAACAGUGACUGCUCAGUUGCUCCUAGAAAGGACAAUAAAACUGAGAACUAACGAGUUCACGCAUCUGCCGCAGGAGCCGGUGUACAUAACAGUGUUCAUAGCUAAGUAUGUGCUGGGUUUUUUUAACUAUUAUUUUUCAUAUGAUGCUAUGGAUGGUGGAGGGGGACGUGUUGCUCCCUCGCAGGGCCCAGUGCCCGGAUUUCUUGAUUGUGAUUUAAGGUGUUGCUUGUACAAUCAAGUGUGCUGUGUCCAGGACUGUUGCCCUUGACAGUUGACGUGAGCACUUGAAUUCACAGUGUUGUUGGGGAUGGGGUGUUUCCAGUCUAACAAAAAAAGUUCUGUUGCUACAAAGUCGGGGCGGGGAAAAGCAGAAAUCCAUAAAAAGGCUAAAAGUGUUGGAGUAUUAACUUGAAUUCCCUUUUCUUGCGGAGGAGAGGAGUUUGUGUGUGUAAGGUUCCUGAGGGGUGAUACUGAAAUGCACUUUAAUAGAGUUGUUGUAGCAGCUGUGGGAGAUGGGACUGAGCUGAGUAUAUCUGUUUUCAUUUUGUCUGGUCGCUUGAUUCUGUUCCCCCACCCACUAAAAACAAAAAACCCCAACAAAACCCCCCUCUGUUUACAUUCCUGAAAUGCCAGAGAGGUUGGGGAGGGAACAUCUCACUGCCCAUAUUUAGUUACUUUAUUCUGCUACAGAAAGUGGAUUAUUAUUAUUUUUAUUCCCAAUCACAGUUUACUUCAGACUGUUGGAAGACUCCUGAUAAAGUGUUUUGUAAUAUCCACAUCCCUGACGAAUCCCAGGGUCACCUUAAUGCAUUCAGAGACAAUAAAUAUUUCCCUUUCCUUACGCUGGUUAAACAAUAGCCAAGAGGCAAAAUAGUCCUGUGCGGGGCAGCCCCGCUGCCUCGGGUGGAUUUGGUGCUGGAUU